ACGGCUUCCAUAAUGUCUCCCGGAGGACAUUUGAGCUGGACUACAACCAGGACCGCUUCCUCAAGGAUGGGCUGCCAUUCCGGUACAUCUCUGGAAGCAUUCAUUACUUCCGGAUACCUCGCUUCUAUUGGGAGGACCGGCUGCUGAAGAUGAAGAUGGCUGGGCUGAACGCCAUCCAGAUGUACGUGCCCUGGAACUUUCAUGAACCCCAGCCAGGACAAUAUGAGUUUUCUGGGGACCGUGACGUGGAAUAUUUCAUUCACCUGGCUCACAAGCUGGGGCUCCUGGUGAUCCUGAGGCCAGGACCCUACAUCUGUGCAGAGUGGGACAUGGGAGGGUUACCUGCUUGGCUGCUAGAGAAAGAAUCUAUUGUUCUUCGAUCUUCUGACCCAGACUACCUUGCAGCUGUGGAUAAAUGGCUGACAGUCCUUCUGCCCAAGAUGAAGCCUCUGCUCUACCAGAAUGGAGGGCCGAUUAUAACUGUGCAGGUUGAGAAUGAGUACGGCUCCUACUUUGCCUGUGAUUAUGACUACCUGCGUUUCCUGGCACACCGCUUCCGUUACCAUCUGGGCAAUGACGUCCUUCUCUUCACCACCGAUGGGGCGAAUGAAAACUUCCUUCGGUGUGGCACCCUGCAGGGCCUCUAUGCCACAGUGGAUUUUGGAGCAGUCAAGAAUAUCACACAGGCUUUCCUAAUCCAGAGGAAAUUCGAACCCAAAGGACCUUUGAUCAAUUCUGAGUUCUAUACUGGCUGGCUAGACCACUGGGGUGAACCCCAUUACACAGUGAAGACUGAAAUAGUGGCUGCCUCUCUCUAUGACCUGCUUGCCCGUGGGGCCAGUGUGAACUUGUACAUGUUUAUAGGUGGGACCAAUUUUGCCUAUUGGAAUGGUGCCAACAUUCCCUAUGCAGCACAGCCCACCAGCUAUGACUACGACGCCCCGCUGAGUGAGGCAGGGGACCUGACUGAGAAGUAUUUUGCUCUUCGAAAUGUCAUCCAGAAGUUUAAAGAUGUCCCAAAAGGUCCUAUCCCUCCAUCAACUCCCAAGUUCGCCUAUGGAAAAGUUGCUCUGAGAAAGUUCAAGACAGUGGCAGAAGCUCUGGACGUCCUGUGUCCCAAUGGCCCCGUGAGAAGCCGCUACCCGCUGACAUUCAUCCAAGUUAAACAGUAUUUUGGGUAUGUGCUGUACCGAACAACACUUCCUCAAGAAUGCAAUGGCUCGAUGCCCAUCUUCUCCUCACCCUUCAAUGGUGUCCGUGACCGGGCUUAUGUGGCUGUGGACGGGGUCCCCCAAGGAAUCCUUGAGCGAAACCGUGUGAUAUCCCUGGACAUACAGGGGAAAGCUGGAGCCGUUCUGGACAUUCUGGUGGAGAACAUGGGACGUGUGAACUAUGGCAGAGGCAUAAAUGAUUUUAAGGGUUUGAUUUCUAACAUGACUCUUAACUUCAGUAUUCUCACCAAUUGGACAAUCUUUCCACUGGACACUGAGGCUGCAGUACGCACCCAUCUUGGGGCCUGGGAGGCCCGUGAUGAGGGCCACCACGAUGGACGCUUGACCUUUGGCUCUUCGAACUUUACGCUCCCCACGUUUUAUGUGGGCAACUUCUCCAUUCCCUCGGGCAUCCCAGAUCUGCCGCAGGAUACCUUCAUUCAGUUUCCUGGAUGGACCAAGGGUCAGGUGUGGAUCAACGGCUUUAACCUUGGCCGAUACUGGCCUGCACGGGGCCCACAGGUGACCUUGUUUGUGCCCAGGCACAUUCUGACGACGUCAGCCCCAAACAACAUCACGGUGCUGGAGCUGGAACGCUCACCCUGCAGUGAUGGGACCUCAGAGCUGUGUACCGUGGAGUUUGUCGACAGGCCGAUUAUUGGCAGGUCCCUGGCCAUCAGCGGCCCUUUUCCAGAUCGGUCUGGCCAAGACUGGUGGCUGAACCCCCUGUGAUGACUGAGCCUCUAGGAUCACAGGCCUGCACUGGCCAAAUGGGUCAUCCGUGUCUCGAUACAGUGGAAGGUGGAUUUAUCAGGUGUGUGUAUCCUACCGGUGUCCCUACAGCAGUAGAGACAUUGCCUGGCCUCCCACUCCUGUGGCCACCAGGAAGGCUGAAGGGAGUGGACAUCACAGGAACACACACAGCUGGUGUACGGAGUUGGAACAAAACUUGAAUGAUGUCGCUUGUUUUGAUUUGAAACGAUCAUGUCUUUCUCUCGAAUAAAAUUUGUACUCAAGAGGA